UAUGAGUGAGCGAGUGAAUGAAUGUUUUGCUUCGAAAAAGGUUGGUUGUUUGACCGAAGAAGACUAAAAUCGUCAACCACAUCGCAUCACAAACGCAUCUCAAACACCUACUGCCAUGAUGUUGUCCUCACUCUUCCUCACCGCCAUGGCCUUGAUCCCAACGGUCUUUGGCGCACCCUCGGGAUCGGUGCCUCAACUGGGAGAUCUUCUACACGGCGAUGAGAACAAGGGCAACGCGAUCCAGGCCCGUCAAGGAGGCUACUUCUGGUCCUCCUGGUCCGAGGGCGGCGGCACCUUCCGAUGCAACAACGGCGGCGGCGGCGCCUACAGCGUGACGUGGCAGAGCAGCGGUGGCUCGAGCGGCUUCGUGUGUGGAAAGGGGUGGAGCCCCGGAGGCAACAGAGCCGUCAAAUACGAAGGCACCUACACGCCCAACGGGCCCAGCUACCUGGCCGUGUACGGGUGGACGCGCAACCCGCUGAUCGAGUACUACAUCAUGGACGCGCACGGGGAGCUGCUGCCCAACGAGCCGUGGACGUCCAAGGGCAACUUCACGUUCGAGGAGGGCACGUACGAGGUCUUCACCAGCACCCGCGUCAACAAGCCCUCCAUCAUCGGCACCACCACCUUCCAGCAGUACUGGUCCGUCCGCUCCGAGCAGAGGGUCGGCGGCACCAUUACCACCGGCAGACACUUCGAGGAGUGGAAGAAGCUGGGGUUGAACUUGGGGGGGCAUGAUUAUAUGAUUGUCGCCACGGAAGGGUAUACCAGCGGAUCGACUACGAGCAACGGGACGUCUUCGAUAACUCUGAGUUAAGGAGAGGCCGGGUUGAACGUCGAGGAUCUUACUGCUGAGUCGUACAUGAGUCUUAUAGGCUAACUUGACGCCGGACGGGAAGUAAAUUGUCACAUAGUUGCGCAAGUCAAUGCACAUGUUCUUCUCGUAUAUCAGUGUUGCCCAUAAGAGGAUUGAUGUUUAGCUAGAAGUGAAUGGGAACAUGCCACCAAUGCACCAUGGGACUUGAGU